AUGACUUACGGUAGGUGAAAAAUGACAAAAUGGCAACACUACUUAAAACUAAUUUAAUGUUGUGUGGUCCUGCAAUUCGCCGUAUGUGAAAAAUCAAAAGAUUUUAAGAAAUUCUUUCAAGUUAAUUGAACAAUAGCAAAAAUGGAAGGCGAUAGAGGAGACACUUCAAAUCCGAAAUCAUUUUCAGGAAUACCAGAGGCUGUUUUUGUGGACAAUGUAGACGAAUUUAUGAACCAGCCUGAAAACUCUGGUGGUGUAGAUAAAGUUCUUAGAAAUCUUGAUGAACAACAUGCAAAGUAUAAACACAUGGAAUUGUCACUAGCCACAAAACGCAGACGACUAAGGCAACAAAUACCAGACCUUGCCCGAUCUUUGGAAAUGAUUGAGAAGUUAAAAAUUCAAAAGGAAGAGGUAGAAACACAGUUUCUACUGAGCGAUCAGGUUUUUGUUAAGGCAAACAUUCCACCAACGGACAAUGUUUAUUUAUGGCUUGGUGCUAAUGUUAUGUUAGAAUACACACUAGAUGAUGCUGAAAAACUUUUGUCAUCCAACAUGGCCACUGCAAAGAAGAAUUUAGCUUGUGUAGAGCAUGAUUUAGAUUUCUUAAGAGAUCAGUGGACAACUACUGAAGUAAAUAUGGCUAGAGUUUACAACUGGGAUGUCAAGAGACGCCAGGCUGCUAAAGCAUCAAGCUAAUAAUUAUAUAUGUUUUCAUUACUCUUAACCAGCCCAAACACACAAGUUUAUAAUGCAUAAUUAUUUUCUGAAAUAUUUUUUCAGAGGAAAUAAUGAGCUUGGGUUGUCUUCCUGAAUUCUAAAUGAAUGUUUAAUGGAUUUCCAUUGCUCAUUCAUAGUAUCUUACAGAAUUUAUUGUAACACAAAUAAUUGUUUAUCACAACAAGUUUUCUUUAAAACUGCAGAAUUUAUCUAUUAUGAAUAGUAUUAUAAUUAUACUGUUUUUACUAAUUAAAGGAACUUUUGCUUACUUAUGUUAUUACUUAAAGCAUUUAACAGUUCAGUUUUGGUUUAUUUAUUAGUUUUGAUUAACCAAAUAGUAUGUAAAUAAGACCUUUCAUAUUUUAAAAUGUUUACAUAUUAAUAAAACACUGCUUUCAAAAGA